AUGGACCCGUUCAACUUGGUCCAUCUUCUGCCGCAGGUCUCGUUGUCAAUGAUGAGUGGUCCCUCCUCAUCCCUCAGCUCCUCCGCUCCGUCCGGAGCCAUGUCCCACCACUUGGACACCGUCUUCAACAAUCAUUUCCGGAUCUCGCCGACCACCGCGCUCGUCGACACCCAACAAAUCGGCCUGAACACCUGCUCGGGCGACCUGUAUCGGCACGACACGGGCGCCGACCCCACCCUCUUCACGUCCGCCACCUCGGCCAUGUCCGAGCUGAUGAACCGUCUGGCGAAACAUGAGCAGCUGGUGGAGUCGCAGGUGGAGUCGAGCACCAGUUGCACGCAAUUGAGCCCCAUUUCGGACACGCCGUCCGCCUCAACGUCCGCGAAUUCGGCAAGCCCGAAGGAGCAGGAUUCGUUGACAAAUGCAAAUGCUUACAACUUUUUAACGUCCGCGUUGAAUACGCUGUUUUCUUCGGAGAAUGAGUGUACAAGCCCCACGGAUGAUAAUGCCAGUGAGUUUGGGAUUUGCUGGGGCGAUUUUUUGAGGGAAAUUUUAAAAUGAAAAUUUUUUGAAAAAAUUUAAAAAAGUGAAAAUUUCAAAAUUUUAAUUGCUGAAAAAGGCUAUACAUAGAUUGGCAAUGGCUCUAAUAGUCUUGUAAUUGCAUUGGCGACUUUGUUUUUAUCUAUUUUUAAACUUUUUCGGCCGAAAUUUGAGAUUUUUUGUCAUUUUCGGCCCAAAAUUUAAUUUUUAGGCUUUUAUGGCUUCCUAAAACUUUUUUGACUGGUUGUAGAUCACUGUAGAAGAUGUUCAUUAUAUUUUGAAUAAUUGCAUUUUCCAAUUUGACCCUCUUUCCACGCCCUAAAACCACUUUUCCCCCAUUUUGUAUUGCUUUAUAUCGCCCAAAUCCAAUUCGGUUUCACCUGGUCACCCGCUCGCCUCGAAUCGCCUGGAAACCGGUUUGCGCGCGCCUCAGGGCAACUAAUUAGACGUCCGGGGAUUCGGAUCUCCUUCUUUUCGCUUUUCUCUUUGAUCCCCUCACCUCCAACCAGAAUCCGAUGACGCAACGCGACGCUGCAAAGACAGCGAUUUCCCCCCUUUCACUUUCACCGCCUGCGGGCAGAUCCGGAAAUCGCGACGGAGACACACAGACCCCGUUUCGGGCGGAUCCGGAUCCAGCAGCGAGGACCGGCUUCCGAUUGGCGCGCGCGGAUCUCCCCGAAGGAGGUGGAUAAAGGAGGUCUGGAGGGGAAAUGGUCGCAAAAGGAGAUCAGAAGAUCUGGUGCAAGGUCAGAGGUGCUGAAAAGGGGGAAUUUGGGAGACUGAGUUUUUCUUGGAAAUUGACAAAAAUCAAAAAAAAAAAAUGAGAGUUUGACAAACAAAUUGAUGAAAUAUCAGUCUGUCGGGAAAAUAAUGAGCACUCUGUCACAGCGAAAAUUGCAUUGCCACAGGGAAAAUGAAUUGUGUCGCGGUGAAAAUAAAUUGCUUUUCACUUCAGCGACGUGAUUGGCGCAGCGACAAUUUGUUCAUUAUUUUCCCGACAGACUGAUAGAAAGAAACAUGAUUUUCUCAAAGCGCAAGCGAGGAAUUUUCCCCAAAUUUGGCACAAUUGCCCUAUGUAGAACUGUUGUUGAUCCUUGAAAAUUUGAGCCCUUGAGCCCUUAGGGUUUUUGAGAUAUUCAACGAUGUUUGAAGGCAACUUAAUUUCAAAAAUUAGGGAAAUAAAAUUAUUUUUGGCUAUUUUUCCAAAUUUUUCGCUAAAAAAUCAAUUUUUAAUGCUAUAAAAAUCCUGGAAUUUUCAAAUACAACAUAAAUUUUUAAAAAAAAAUCGAAAAAAUAAAUUUUUUUUCUUUUUUUUCGAUUUUGUUUGAUUUUUUCAACCAAAAAAUGAAAAAAAAAUAUUGAAAAAUUCUUUUCCAAAUCUCGCCAAAAACACCGUAAUCCUCAAAUUCCCACGUUUUCUCGGCAAAUCCCUCGAAGUUUCGCGAUUCCAGCGCCCCUCGCUGACCUAGACCUUGUUUAUCGGGAAGGGUCAAAAUCGAAAAAAAAACUCUUAUUUUCGCCCAUUUCAAAAGCGAAAGACGGCCUUGUCCUAUUUUACACGCCCUAACUUAAAUGUUUUCCAAUUGAGAAACAGAGCGGACUGAUGGCGAACAGAGAAUUCCGGGGGCAAUCGGGGAUAAGGGCCGUCGGAAAUGAGAUUUUUGGAGAUGGCUUCAGAAUGCUUCGAUUUUUGGCUUCUGAAUGCUUCAAAAAGUAUCAAAAGACCUCGAAAAAAUUUUGAAAAAUUUCUGAAAUUUUUUUGAAUUUUUUUGGUUUUUUUGGCUUUAAAAUUGGUUAAAAAGUAUCAAAAAAAUAUCAAAAAAUUAAAAAUCUUGUUUUUUUGAAUAAAAAAAUCGAAAAAUAAAAAAAAUAAAAAAAAUAAAAAAAAAAUAAAAAAAAAUCGAAAAUCAUCAAAAAAUCACAUUUUUCAAUUAAUACAAAAAUUUUUUUUUAAUUAAAAAAAAAUAAAAAAAAAUCAAAAAAUCUCAAAAAAUCUCGUUUUCAAAUUACCAAAAAUUUUUAAAAAAUCAAAAAAAUCAAAAAAAAUCCACAAAUCACAAAAAAUCUCAUUUUUCACCACAAAAAAUUUUCAGGUUCCUCCACAAACCCCGACUCGAUCCGAGGCGUCCUCCUUUGCCAAGUCUGUUCGGACAAGGCCAGUGGAUUUCAUUACGGUGUGACCAGUUGCGAAGGCUGCAAAGGCUUCUUUCGGCGGUCGAUCCAACAAAAAAUCAAGUACAGAGAGUGCACAAAAGGACAGAGAUGUGCGAUUGUGAGGAAUAAUCGGAACCGCUGUCAGGACUGUCGGCUAAAAAAGUGUAUGGCCGUGGGAAUGUCGAGAGAUGGUAAGUUGAAAUUUUGUUGGUAAUCUAAGUAUAUAGUAACCAAGAAAAAAACGUAUUUUAAAAACACGGAAAAAUAAGGUAUUUUUAAUUAAAAAAAUUUUUGUAAAUUCAAAAAAAAAUUUUUUUACUUGGCAAGCUGCGCCCUCACUUGAUUUUUUUAAAAUUUUAUAUAGAUAUUCAUAGCUUCUGUAUUCCAAAAAAUAGGAUAGCAGUAUUUUAUAAGUGACAUAAAUAAAAUUAAUUUUUGGCAGGCUGCGCCCUGACUAACAGGAAAAAUUCUUACAAUUAGAUUCCGGUGAAACUUGGGAAAAUUUUAAAUCAGAGUUUAAUUUUUUUUACACAGAAUUUGCUAAAAUCCCUUCAAAAACGAAUAUUUCUCUGACCGUCUCUUCAUUUUCCAUUGUCUCUCGUCCGAAAAGAUUGCUGAAUACCUCGGCCGUCUUUCCGUAGCGGAAGCUAAAACUCUCAGCGAUUGAUAAGCAUUCUACCUAAAUUAAAUAGACAAAAUUUGAUGAAGAUGUCAUGUUUCAGCCGUGACUUUCGAAUUUUGCUGAUAACAACAGGUUUUGUUAUAGGUUUAUUGCAAAUGAAAUUUUGGCGUAUUUUACCUUGUAAAUUUUCCACGGCCUUUUUAGCCAAUUUUUACUCUUAAUAAGCUGCUUUACUUGGCUUUUUCAAUAAUUUUUUAAACCUUUUCUCGCCAAAAUCUGAAUUGUGACAUCAUUCUACCGUAUUACUUUUUAAAACUAUUUUUGUGCCUUCAAUUUUCUCCCACCUCCUCCCACAUUUUUGGGACUAAAUUCCCCACACCUUUCCACCUCAAGAAUUUCCGUUUGCCCGUAAUCACAUCAGUUAUAUCGACUGUAACAAUUCCCCAGAUUUUUCGGCCCCUUUUUUUGCUGGAGAAUCAAACUCGGAGCAGUUCCGGUGGAAGAGUGGGAACUAUUGUAAUAAGCCGUCCAUUUUGGACGAAGAUUUAUGGGUGACAGAGGUUUGGAAGAGGAAUGACGUCAUCCGUCAAGUGAAAACAGGGAAUACAGAUAAGGAAACGAUCAGAAGUGGGAGAAGAAGUUAUUUUGGAAAGUAGGGAAUGAUGUCAGUGUUUGGGAAAACAAAAAAAAAUUGUAAAAAAUUUAAACAGAAUUAUAAAGAAAAAUAACAAAAAAAUGUUUUUUUAUCGAUUUUUCCCCGAGAACCAAAAAAAAUAUAUAUUUUUUCAAAAUUUUUUCAUAGAAUUUUUUGCUGAUUUUUGUCUGUUUUGCUUGCGGAAAUUCUAAAAAAGAAAAUAUUUUUUUGAUUUUUUAAAUUAUCGACAGGUUUUUAGGAAUUUUAAGCAAAUUUAAUUUCGGCAGGUUGCGCCCUGGCUUAAAAAACACGUCGGAUUUUGAUGAAUUUUGGUGCAAAUUAAUUCUAGACUUUUAGAAGACAUAUAUCCAGAUUUUUAGCUUUCAGUUUAUAGAGACCAUUGAGAUUUUUUAGUGGAAAAUUCAAAUUUUUGAGUGCUUUCGAUUCAAUUUUUUGAGUAUUUUUUAUGUGUUUUUUUCAUCUAAAAUUUUCUAAGGUUAUGAAACCUUUUGGGCCUUAAGCCAAAAACUUUUACGGAAGAAAUUUAGCAAAAGGUAUCAAAAGUUAUCAUGGAUACUUUUUGAUACUUUUUGAAAAAAGCGUAGAAUUUUUGUUUGUAAACCGUUUUAUUCUCACUAAGCAGCAAUGCAGCUAGUAAAAAAAAACAGUUUGAGAAAAUUAGAGGCCUUUUUUCUAAAUUUUUUCCAUUAAAACCGCCACAGCAAUUUAUAAUGAGCCUUGUGCCCCUUUCUCAGAAGUAAUUUCUCCUUUUCAACCAUCAAAAAAGACGGCGGCAUUUUUGUGUGAUCAAAAAAAAGUUUUUUUUGUCAAAAGAAAGAGAGUUCUUUAUAACUUUUUUGGAUGACCUUGUAACCCGGUCGCUUUUGAAGAAUUUCUGGUGUUUUCUGGGUCUUACGGAAUACUCGCUCAUUACAGCCAGUAGACAGUUGAUGAUACAAAAAAAAUUAGGCAAGACUGUGUUUGGUGGGGAAAACAACAAAAAAUACAAGAAAAGUUAAAUGUCGGAGAGUGGUGAAAACAUAUAUAAUACUAAACAUAUGUAUAUAUGUACUAACAUGUAGAUAUGCAUAAAAUACAAUGUUUCAAAACAAAAAAAAAAGUUAAAAAAAAGAAAAACAGAGGCUACAGAAUGCGUAUAUCCCACCGGAUAUACAAAAAUAAAAAAAACAGCAUUGAGUGACAUUUUAUACGAUAAACAAAAUUUUCGUAUAAAAUGUCCCCCUUUCCCCGGGAACCAAUACCGAGUGUUUUUUGGUCUGUGGAGCACACAAUUUCUACAAAAAAAUCUAUUUUUUCGACUCAAGUCCUCAAAGAUAUAGGAAAAAACAAUCUCUGUCAGCCUCUCCUUAUUUCCCAUAGUCUCUCAUAUCUUGGCUGGACUUACAAAACGGUAGCUAAAAUUUUCAAGAAUUAAUCUGAGGCCUUUAACAAAGUUCUUUGCAAAAUUUGAAGCCAAUUGAAAAGUUGGCCCUAAGGCAAUUUGCAUUUUUUUCCGCCAUUAUAAGAAAAAAAAAUAUUUUUUUUUCAUGGAAAAAAGUCAAUAAAUUCUAAUGAUAAAAAAAUCAAAAAUUGCUCAUAAAAAAUCUCAAAGAUAUUUUUUCAAUUUUUCCUCAUUUUUCAGCGGUUCGAUUCGGACGCGUCCCCAAGCGAGAGAAAGUGAAAAUGGUGGAGGAGAUGCAACGCGCCACCGUUCGCUCGCAAAUCGACACUUUGGCCGUGGAAUUGGAAGAUGGCCAAGCCUUGAUCAACUCCAUUUUCUUGGCCUUCUCCGAUCUGGGCGACGCCAUGAGCCACGAACUCUUCAAAGGCGGCGCUUUUUUGAAUUUGAACGCCCGAGGGCUUCAUUCUCGCCAGUUCUUGCCGGUGAUUCAGGCAGUUGUGCAAUUCUCGAAGGCGGUGAAAGGAUUCGGACAUUUGACGCAAAACGAUCGGACGAGACUGCUGAAAGUGAGCGGAAAUUUUGAAAAAUACGCUGGGCUUGUUUUGGCGUUAUUAAUAGAAAUGAAAUUAUGGGAAAAUUCAAAAAUUGUUUGCUCAAAAAAAUUGGAUAAUUUUUUUUUGAUUUUUUUAAUGCUAGAAGAAAUUAAAUUUUUGGUAAUUUCAAAUUUUUUCAGUUGAAAAUUCGCAAAAUUUUUUAUUUCUCAGAAUUUUCAGAUUUCCAAUUUUUUCCACAAAAAAAUUGGUAAAUUUUUUUUUUUCAUUUUUACUAAAUUUCCAUUUUUUUUCCACGAAAAAAUCGGUUAAGCAUUUUUUAUUUCAAGCAAUUUUUUUUAUUUUUUCAAAUUUUCCAAUAUUUUUUAAGCAAAAAAUUGUCAUUUUUGACCAUAAUUUUUGCUAAAUUUCUUUUUUUUUGCCUUAAAAAUUGGUCAAAAAAUUUUUAUUUCCAAAAUGUUUCCAAUAUUUUUUCAAAUUUCCAAUUUUUUCGCAAAAAAUCUUUCAAAAAGCUCUUAUUUUUUGUCAUAUUUUUUUCAAAUUUAUAAACCAUUUUUUCCAGACCUCCUUCUUCCAAAUCCUGAUGAUCCGCCUGAGUUGUAUGCGAGGCGGCGACGGCAAUCCCUUGGACGCUGCGCUGAUCCCGAAACUCAUGUUCCUCGAAGCCGACGACACCGAUUCGGCGCUUCUGAAGAACUCGAUCGUCGAGUUCGUGCAGCGUUUCCGGAUGAUCAAGCUGUCGGAGAAGGCGUUGGCCAUGCUCACGGCGCUCGUUAUGUGCCAAUGCGAGUCCGAAAUGGGGACAACAACGCAUCUGGCGUCGGGAUCUUUGCUCAAAAUGCUGCAGGAGAAGAUGUGGUGGUGUCUGCAGACGGUCCUGUUUAGCGAGCCGUUGGAGACGUUAGCUCCGUUGGUGGUGCAGAGUGUUUUCGCCGCUAUUACUGACUUGAAAACGCUCGGGGCAAUGUACGAGGAGCAGAUGAAAAUGAUCCGAUGCUAUUUCGAAGAGCCCAAGCCUGCAUUCGAGAGGUUUGCGGGGCCGCUACAACUGCCGUUGCAUGAGAAAUUCAGCGAAAAGUCGGCGCACAGUGCGGCGUUUGAUGAGAGGAACCCGCACAGUGCAGUCUUUGGCGACAAAAAUUCGCACAGUGCGGUGUUUGACAAAUCGCACAGUGCAGUCUUCGGCGACAAAGAUUUGCACAGUGCAGUCUUUGGCGACAAAAAUUCGCACAGUGCGGCCUUCAGCGACAAAGAUUUGCACAGUGCAGUCUUCAGCGACAAAUCGCACAGUGCGGUCUUCAGCGACAAAUCGCACAGUGCGGCCUACGACAAAUCGCACAGUGCAGUCUUCAGCGACAAAUCGCACAGUGCAGUCUUUGGCGACAAAUCGCACAGUGCGGCCUUCGAGAAAACGCACAGUGCAAUCGCCGAGCUCCUCGAAAAGCCCCCAAUAAUGCUGCAAAACACCAACAACAACGACGAAGACGAUGAACAGCCACUGAAUCUUUGUGUCCGCGACGAAAUCGCAAAGAGGAAACUUGAAUAUGGAAAUUGA